AAUCGUCUUUGCCGUGUGGCGCGGCUGGCUUUAGAAAGUUUUCUGGGGUCUCAUUGGCGAUUCAGUUUCAAGGCGCUAGAGCAAGUCAGCUGGCAGCGUGGAGUGGCCACGUGGCUGGCGAACCUUCUUCCCUCGAGCGUAGGUCUCGACGUAGUACUGCGUCGCUACCAACGAUAUGGCCAUCUCAAACUCCGAAACCUUCAAGCUCCGUACGUCUUUCCCCAGCUUCAUCCUUGACCCUUCCGGCUCAGUAUCACUCGCACCAGUUCCCUCCGAUGUGAUAUGUAAACCGAUAACAAGGCAGCAAACGAUAGCGUUACGCCAUUCCGUGCUUUGGCCUGGAGAAAACGUCACGAAAGUGUUACUACCGGAAGACGAACUGGGCUGGCAUUUUGGUGCCUUCGUACCGUCUCGUGUCGAACCAAUUGCCGUCAUCUCCCUUUUCGCUGAACCGGUUCCCAUGAAAUCCAUCGAUGGUCCUCUGGAUCGGGUCCCCGCUACCGAUGACCCUGCAAUGCCAGAAGGCAUGGCUACACGAUUCCGCAAAUUUGCCUGCGAUCCUUUGUUUCAAGGAUGCGGAGUCGGAACAAAAUUGCUGACAUACGUGUUUCACUUUGCGCGUUCAGAUCUGCACGCGAGAGUGGUAUGGUGUGAUGCAAGGGUGUCUGCGUCCGCUUGGUAUAGGAAGCGGUCAAUGGUUUCAUUCGGGGAUCCAUUUUACAAGGGGGCUGUGGAGUAUAUUCGAAUGAGAAUUGACUUGGAACCUCUUACAGGAGGUUGAACGCAAGGCCUGAAGACAAAAGUGCGGCUAUUUUUUUUUUUUUGGCCAGGUCUCUCGGAAACCAACAGUUUAUUAAUUCACUGUAACCGCAUGGACCGUUGUGAAAUGAAUCGUCGCCUCG